AUGGAACCAAAAAACGUUGUUUCGGCUCCUCCGAAAAAUGACAAGUGAGUUUUCUCGGAAAAUUGCAGGGAAAAAUCGGUUUUUCACGAUAGUUUUGUUUUUUAGAGCGAAAGACGGCCGUGAAGUCCGUUUCUGGUUCGUGCUCCACAGCAUUCUCUUCUUGGCCGCUCUCGUCGCAAUUCUCGUCCACUUCAACUUUCACCCGUUUCUCGUCGCCGUUUUCAGUGUCUACGCGUUUUUCCUGAACGCCGCCGCCAUCGGAAACCUUCUUCCCGCUUUGGCGUUCAUCGGAUUCAUGGCUGUUCGUUUUUUUUCUAAUCUUUUUCAUUGAAAUUCGCUAGUACAAGCCGAAACGAAAUUUACAAACGCAAGAUCACGAAAAGUCACGAUUCGAAACGCCAAGCACAUUUUGAAGUUUCUUUUUCAGCUUUUCCAACUCAUCGUCGGAAUCUUUGCUUUUAUGUUUCUCCCGGCCACAUUUUCCAGCGAAGUGGCUUACAUGAAAGGCCUGAAAUGCGCGUUUGCGACGGCGGAGAACGCUACGCUCCAAAUCAAUUCGACGGUGUCUGAAAAUGGAAAUUUUGAUGAGCUCUUUACGGAUCCGUGCCUGAUAGGAGUUCUUGUUGAAGCCGUUACUAUGAUCUACAUUCUUGGUACGGAAGAGUUUUUUCAACUUAAAAAUCCGGGAAAAUGAGGAAAUUUCAACUGAAACCUUUGAAAAAAUGAAGCAAUUCUAUCGAGUUUUUCUACAAUUUCAGCGAUCACAUGGCAAAUGGUCCUCGUUUUCGAGAUUAUGGGUAGUAUGCUCUACGGAAACGAGCUGGAACCGGCGAAAUCCAGCAGUUCGUCGACCCGCUCGUGGUUCGUGACGCACAGUGUCUUUUUCGUGUCCGCGCUCGCCGUCCUCAACGUCUACAUGGAAUUUAAUCCGAUUUUCAUUGGACUUUCUCUCGUUUACACGAUCUUUCUGUACGCGGCCGCCAUCAAAAACGUGUUGUUCGCUCUGAGUGUGAUCAAAAAAAUUGCUGUGAGUUUGAAUCGUAAGAUUCUAGAUUUUUCGAUCGGAUCAUCGGAACCAGAUGAUCCGAUCGACCUGAAACUUGUACCUAAAAUACUUCAAUCCAAGUCCACGAAGCCUGAAAAGUUUGGACCCGGUUGGAAUAUUGCGAGAUGCUCAAAUAACUCGAUUUUCUUUUUUUAGUUCGUCCAAUUCGCUUUGGGCGCUUAUAUGCUCGCGACAUAUCCGAUCUACGUGGGCAGCAGUAUCGCCUACAAUACAGGCGUCGAGUUCGGAAUGAAUGCGGUGGCUGCGUCGAACGGGACGUUUUCGAUUGAUCCGGUCAGCUUGAACCACCACGUUAAAUGGAGCACUGUUGAAGCCAGAAACCAGGCAUUCUUCGUCGCCAUCGAAAUUCUCGCCUACGUUUUUGGUAAGCAACACGAAAAUUUACAUCCAUUACUAAUCGAUCUGCUCUUUUCAGUGGUCAUACUGCAAUUCGUCUUCGUCGGAAGUGUGAAAGAUAUCGUUAAGGACCAGAAAAAGGGGCAUAACCGUACGGAACAACUCGCCUAA